AUGAUUAUGGAUGAUAAAAUCUAAAGAAUUUUACAAAUGAAUGACUUCUAACGUUCCUCCGACAUUCGCAAAAUCUCUUAAUCCCAAGUGACAGAAAACACGAAUAAGACUUAUUCUAUCACGGUUACUAAUCAAUCCAAACCCAAAAGGAGGAAGGUUGUCAAAUUAAAGAAUCAUCUCCUCUAAUCACAUGUAAGUCCAGAUAUUUAAAAACUAUAUUAUUAAACCAAAAAGAAUGAAGACUCCACUCAACAUAAUCAAACCGAAUAAACAAAAUCAAUUAAUUUACCCUCAAUUUCUGAUCAAUCAACUAAAAGCAAUCUGAAUGAUUUUAUCGCUCUUGUUCUGGAAGUAUUCCCUCCUGAUCAUCAACUAUGGAUGGAUCUGUAAAUUAAGGAUUAACCCUUGGAAGAAGUUAUUGCUCAAAAUCAAAAUUAUUUCUCUGAUCUACUAAGUAAUUGUACUCACUUAUUCCUAGUGCUCUACAUCCAAGAGAUGGAAAUUCGCCAACUCAAGGAUAAAAAACUAGGAUACAAAGGGAAAUACACUACUUAAUAUAGUGAAGAUUUCAGCGAUAAAAUAAAUAAAGACAAUACAUCAAUUAAUAGAUGGAUUUAUGAUCGAAUCAAAUAAUCAAACACAUUUCUGUAAAACAUUAGUACUUACAAUGUAAAAAUAUAGAAUUAUAUACAGCAACAUUACAUUCCAAAACGUUACGAUAAGAUUGGCAACUUCAAACCAGACCAUAAACCUAACUUAAAUGAAAUAUCUUGUCUCUCCUCUUAUGUUGUCAAUUAUAGAGACUGGAAGAAACAAUAUCAUGGUCUCAUAGGUCCCAUUAAUGCUUCUAGCGAGAAGAAAUUGCCAUUCGUAGCUGAAACCAAUUACACUCGAAAUUUCGUCACUUAAAAAUAUGAAAAACAAGAUCCUAUCAUCCCCAAAUAAUUGUACUCUAUAUCUCACUAUCUCUAGAGGUCCAUUCCCAAAUCAACCAAAAACCCUGAUUCGAGAUACUACACACAAAUCCUAAUUUUGUUUACCCCAAUAAGAUAAUGCAUCCACUUAAAAUUUGGUUUAUAGUCAAAGAACAAAUCACAUCAAAAGCUUUGAUGGGUAUUAACCACACUACAAUAAAUAAUCUACAAUUUCAAAUCAGAGUGAGGACUUUGCUGAUCGUUUCUAUCACUCUUCAAUUGUCUAAAAAUUAAUGAAAAAAAGUUAGAAAUAAUAAAAUAAUUGA